AUCUUUAGCGUCUCCCCAAGGUCACAUCCACAAGGCUCUUUGUUCCACUCUCAUUCGUGUAUAUUUAGUAUCCGUUCCCAUAAUGGCCAGUAAUCAGUCCACCACGCCCCCGCCAACUCUCCAGAGGGGAAAAGCAUGCUUGCGUUGCAGAAAGAGGAAGAUGAGAUGUGAUGGUAGCAAACCAGCCUGUCAACAAUGUGUUCGUGCAAAACAGAACGACGCCUGUCAAUACGACGAUGGAAAGGGAAAGACGAGAACUCAACUUCUCCGUGAACAUAUCGAGCGUUUAGAACAGCGUAUACGAGAGCUCGAGGAUCCUGAGUAUACCUCGCCAUCCGUAACUCUACAUGAUCCGCAUCGUCAUGGUCGCUCAGAAAGCUCCUCCUCUUCCCUUACUGGCUCUCCCGCAAGCACAGGCUUCUCACUUUCAGUCUCUUCCUUCUCUCCUUCCGCAAACAAUUCCCCUCAAAGCUCUUGGAUACAAGGCAUUCCCUCACCCUCACCUACGCCAUUCACGGAUAUCUACCAUGAGGAACCACAACCCACAAUAGAGCUCGCUCAAACACUCGUAGACGUCUUUUUCUCACAUUCUCGACAGUCCCUCCUGGGUCUGCACAUGGGCCGACUACGAGAAUCUUUCACUCGACCCGUCAUGGAGCAGCAUCACCCUGUCCUCACUAACGCUAUAUUUUUGUGGGCAUGCUAUAUCUCCAGGCCAGGCCCCCUCAGCACGCACGAGUCUCAUUACUUGAGUCGAGCCCUCGACUCCCUCAGCGAUGCCAUCCAGUACCAAAACAGGUUGCUUGAUGUCAUCCAAGCAUCCUGUCUUCUGUCCGUGUACUUCCUAUCAAACGGAAGGUCGUUAGAAGGCAGUUACCAUGCCAACGCUGCUGCAUCACUGGCUAUUCAAUGCGGCCUUCACGGAGCAAUGACCAAUCGAUCAUCAUUUGAGACCACAGCCUCCAUUUCACCCUUCAAACUUGACCCUCCGAAAGACGCUAUCGAGCAGGGCGAGCGCAUAUUGACAUUUUGGCAUGUAUUUGUCCUGGAUCGGUGCUGGUCGGUGGUACUUCAUAAACCAGUGACCAUUCCGCAUGGUUCAGAUGGAUACGCGUCCAUCACAAUGCCGUGGCCGCAAGAUAUGGAAGAAUAUGUAGCAGGUCAGAUCGAUGAUUUGCACAGCUUCCAUACUGUUCGGAGCUUCUUUGAACAUCAGGUCGCAAACGUCCGCGGAGGGUUUUCCCCACUGGCCCUCCGUGUCAAAGCAUCCGCUCUGUUCGAACGUGCGCACCACCUCGCAUCAACCUGGGACCAACCUUUAGUAAUGUCGAGCGCAUUUACUGAUGACUUUCAAACUUUGGAACACACGAUAGCCCGUUUUAUCCAGACCCUUAUUCCGGUACAUCAACUCGACGCCACGGUGCCUGACGAGAAACACGCCUAUAUUGCGACACACACGCUAGCUCACGCUGCGAUGAUAAAUCUGUAUUAUCCAUUUGGUGCUGAAGACCCUGUCUCGUAUGAAAAAUGCCUUCGGGCUGCGCGGUGUCUUGUAUCCAUCAUCAAACAUAUCGCUGAUACAGAUUACGAGUACCUCGAUCCCAUCAUCGGCCCUUGUUGGACGUGCGCUGUGGACACGUUGAUUCGAGAACUCAAUGUCAUCGAGUCUUCAUGGCCGCUCGUCAGCAGCUCGGAUGUCCGUAGUGAAAUUGGGACCAUGCUUUACGCUAUGAACAACCUCAGCGCACGCUUCCCCCUGCUGGGUUAUUCAGUGGCCAAGGUACAAAAGCGACUGUCAGGGCUGUAGCCUAUUUAGCGAUAGCGAAAAUGCUUGGUGACAGCAGUCCGUGUGCACACUUCGGAAAAAAAAAACUUAAUUCCCGACCAACGGACUCUUGGCUCUCGUGACUUGGACACGCUAUUAUAUUGACGCUUUUCCCCGCCUGGCCUCGUUUCUUCAUUUUUGACUGGACUUUAGCUAAUCUCUUAUGGACAGUGCCUUUUUGCAUUCUUAUGUUAUGGUUACGCUCACGUUCGUUAUGACCCCUCACGGACACCUAGUACUUUUCGGACG